AAGUUGGGUGGAUAGAUGGCUUAGCCAAGGAUAAUUUCAGUGCAAAUGAAGGAAUGUUUCUGUAUGAAUUUGGGUUGGCCAUGGAGAUUGAGGCUAUGGUCGUUGUUAUUGUUUUUUCAGAAAGGUUCUAAAAGGAGCAAUUCACAAGACUAUGGACGGAUCCAAAAUUGUAAAUAGCUGAAAGCAAAGGCAGCCUGCUGACUGCAAUAAAGGUAUGGCACUGCAUGCAGUCAUGGUUAGCCUACUGCAGUUUGUGAAAAUCCGUGGUCUUGGUGUGUUUGAAUCAGUAUUAUUCAUUAUUAUGCCUUAUUUCUGCAAAGUUGCUACUUGGUAUUUAGUGUUCAAGAUGACGCAAAGCAAAUAAGCAGGUAUUUCUAGAAUUGGGGAAGAUUCUAGUUUAAUAGUAAAAAUGAUCCCAUUGUUAGGUUCUUUUGGGUUGAAUCUCAAGGCAAGAGCAUGUUGUCUUAAAGCUGAAAAUAGAGGAUAUCAAAUCAUCAUGGAAAUAUACAGAGAACAGCUUGUUCAAACGAGAUUUUUAGAAAAAUUCAAUUCGUGGAAUGAACUGAUUUUGUAUAGAUUUAUGGGUGGAUGAAGUAUAGUCGUUAGUGUAUGAUCUUCUAAUUCUUUUUCUUGCUUGUAUACGCUUCACUUGAAGGAUAUAGAACAGUUAUUCUUGAGGUUGAGGUUGCUUAUCUUCAAAAUUCUUAGGUGUUCAAAGAAAAUUUUGGUCUCCAAAGCAUAUUUGGUCUUCAAAGAAGUAUUUGAUCUUCAAGAGGUUCAAAGAAGUAUUCUGUAGCCUUGGGCUUUGAUGACUUUUGGGCCUAGCCAUAAAGGCUUGGACUUUGAAUUUAAGCCUAACCAUUUCAAUUUGGGCUGGAUCAAAGUAAUCUUGGGCCCAUUUCAGUAUUACCCUAGUUGGACCAGAUUGGGCUUACUUGAUCCAAUAAUCAUAAUAAAGACAUGCGACGUUAUUUGAUCUGUCAUUUUUUCUGUUUGAAUUUAGUUUGGGACACAUGUGAUUGAUCUCAAGUUUAAUGAUAUUUUAGGAGUAAUGACAAGGUAAUUUGUGAUUGAUUGGAAUUUCUCACCACAAUUCUCUUAACAAAGAAAUAGAAGCAUGUAGCAAAGAAAAGGAUUUGCUAAGGUGGUCAAUGACAACAGAGUAUCUAGAUCAAAGAAUCAAAGAUCAUUGUUUAACUGCUUGAAAAUAUCAUGAAAAACUGUGUAUCUGCUACCAAUUUUUCAGGAACACCAAAACAUUCGCUCCUUUUGGUCAUAUACUGCUUUCUGUUAUAUUUUGGAAAACCUUCAGUUACAUAGGUAAAAGUGAAAGUUGAACUGAUGUUUGUAGCUGAUUAAAAAGUCUAAAUUUUGCCCCUAACCACCUCAGAAGAGUGGGAAAAAAGAAAGAAAAGAACAAACUGAGCAUGUGCACUCACCUAUGAUUAAGAUAAACGAUGCAAACAUGUCAUGUUUUUCAUUUGUUAUUAAGAAAAGGCAACUCUUUCAACACCACUCGUGCGUCGCGGAUUUUUCGGAUUAAUCAAGGAUAUGGAAGAGAUAAGAAGCUAACAACAAAGUGGUAGGAGACAUGGCACGAACAAUGCUGAGAUAUCAUUAAUUGCACGUAACCAUUUUGAUAAAGAGAAAGAAGAUGAAUUCUCAAUCUUCCCCCCAUGUGUUCAUGUGUGGAACAACCUUCUUGUCACCAUGGAGACAGACCAAGCUGAAUUAAUUUAUCUUUUCAAAAGAGAAUCAUAUAUAUAAUUAAUGAAAAUUGCAGUGGUUAGCUUGUUAAUGAGUUGGAGACUUGGUGGAGAGGAGACAUUGCUUAAACAAUGUUGAUCAGGUGGUUUAGAUCCAAAUCUCAUUGAGAUUUGAAGCAAUGAAAUCCCAAAUAUCUCCUUGACUUACUGAUAUAUAUUGAUUCGGAACUGAUUGAGGAUCACAACUUGUCAAUCUACAUCUUCUUUUCAUCUUCAAGCCUCUCUCUUUUUCUCUCUUUUCAGAUAGAAACAUGGUUGGCUUUCCUUCAACCAAGAGUACCAAAUACCAUACUCGCUCGAACAGCUUGCCAUCCCGACCACACCCUCUCUUUUCACAGUGUGAUGAGCACUUGACUAGACUAAGAGAUUAUGAAUCAACUCCUGCCUCAUCAGCAUCCUCUAUGAGCCAACAGCUAAGUGGCCUCGAGGAUUUGCACGAAUGUGUCGAAAAGUUACUUUUGGUACCCUCCAUUCAAGAAGCUUUUGUUAGACAUUGUGGAGAGAAAUGGGUUGAUGAGUUGUUGGAUGGAUCUCUUAGGCUGCUUGAUAUGUGCAGUUCAGCCAAGGAUGCUUUGAUUCACACAAAGGAAUGUGUCCGUGAGCUUCGCUCGACCAUUCGGCGAAGAUCUGAGAUGACAAAUGAGAUUAAGAAAUACUUGGCCUCUAAAAAAGUUGUAAAGAGGGCAAUCCAAAAGGCCCUUGAUACUAAUAAGAGCAUCGAAAGAAAAAGCAACACAACAGUCGACGGUAACGACUACGACACUACAGCAAUGGUUAGCUUGUUGAAGGAGGUGGAAGCAAUUAGUCUUAGAAUGUUUGAGUCCUUACUUUUCCUUAUCUCAGGGAAGAAGACAAAGACAAAAUCUAGCUGGUCAAUUCUUAGUGUAAUGAACAGCAAAAGAGAAGUCUGUCCUGAAGUAGAUGCAGAACUCAAUGAAUUUUCCAAUAUGGAUAAUGCAUUGAACUCUGUUGUAUGCCAAAAGACAAACAAAUGCAAAGAUACAACUCAAGUGUCUGAGAAUGUCCAAAAACAUCUUGAAAAGUUGGAUCUAGGCACUCAAGAUUUGGAACAAACAACCGAGCGCUUGUUUCGACGUUUGAUCAAAACUAGAGUCUCCAUCCUCAACAUCCUCAGCAACUAGAUGAAAGCAUUAUAUGAUUACUGUAAAUGAUAUCAAUUCAGAAGAUGUAUAUUUUUAUUAAAGGAAAAGAAUAGAAUACACAUGUGCUCUUGGCACAAAUUUUGUACAAUUUUGAGCUCAUAAUCAUACUUUUCUUUGCAAUUCCUCCAAA